GGAUGAGGGGUAGAGGCCAAGGGAUGCUAAGUGACUUAAGUUACUGUCGCAGGUAUUUUGUGGCCAAGCCUGGGAUUUGAACUCAGGGGUUUGUCUGGUGAAGAGUAUAGUGUAAUCAGAGACUUGGAGUUGGGAAAGUGUGAGAUGUUCGAAGCCCUUUGGAGUAACUUAUCGUGGCCCAAAUGUCACAGCAAAUUGGUGCUUCCUGGAAGUUACCACUUUUCUUGCACUGGGAAAGUCACCCUAGGGAGGAGAAUCUCCAGGGGCUUUCUGAAGCUGGAUUUAAAAGGUCAUUCUAUUGUAGCAUUUGAUUAGGGAUGAAUAUUUUGUAAAUCCUUUCUAAAGUGACUUGGUCUUUGUGGACCCCUCCUCCCUCCUACGAUGGCACGGUUCUGGAGGCAGAGAAAGGGCAAGGUGGCUCCAAGCUCCCGUGCCCAUUCCCCUACCCCCAUGUGAACCCCCGGAACGGCGGGCCUCAGGAAAUCUGCGCCCGAAGCAGCCAGACGGCUUCUUUCUCCCCUUCCUGCGGCCAGGCCGGGAGCACGAGGUCGCGUUUAAAAACGUUUCUCCCCUCCCCCCUUCCCCCUUGUCUCGGAUAAAACUGGGCUUGUAUCUGGGCGCCCCAGUGGUUGGACCAGGCUCGAUGGAGGUGGGCCGAAGCAACUGCGCAUGUGAAAUGAGAGGAAGAAACUACCCCGAGGAGAGGGGAACAGAGGAGACUUGGUUCAGUCCGCGUCCACGCACUGUGGAUUAGCCAACCGACUCGAGCGACGUGCGCGCGCCACCUCCCAGUUACGCAAGGCCUCCGUCAUCCGGAAAGCCCAAUCAAAGAGCAGCAGGAAGGGGCGGGGGAGCCGGGGAACCGGGACCAGAUAUACGUAGAACUAAUCAGGAUUCGGGAAAAGGAAAGGGGAGGGGUCAGCUCCUCACACGAUCCAAUUACUUUUCCUUGGGCCACCGAUCUCCACCUAGACUCUCUUAUUACGAACGCCGUCUUGGCCUAUCAAAGACCGAGUCCUCCUGAGGGGAGGGAAAAGAGGAGGAGAAGGCGAAGGAGACGGAGAGAGAGGAGGGGCGGGGGAGGGGAGAAGAAGAGAGAACCUAAAGACAACGGGAGAGCGCGAUCAGCACCCCCGCCCUUUCAACGGCCGCUCCCAGGCCCUUAAAGGGGCAAGUCAGGGAGAGAAGAAGGAAGAGAAGGGAAGAAGGAAGGACUUUUUAUGUCGGCGGAAAGCAAAGCCAUUCCCCAUCACCAUUGCCUCACAUCCGGGGAUUUGGGGGCUGCCCCUUCAGCCCCGCCCCCCCUCACGCCUUUCAUGGCGACCGGAGGAGGAGGCUGGAGAAACUGGGCUCAGAGGAGGCCCCUUUAAAUUUUCUUAAAGGGGAGGUUGCUGUACUCGGAGGACACCAACGUCUAUCUUAAAGGGGAAGCUGCCGGACAAGAGCUGCCAAAUCACGGACAGGGCCGUCGCAAAGACUAGGGAGAAAGUGACUUCUCAUCUCUAUCUUCCUCCCCAGGCCUUUUAAAUUCGGCUUAAAGGGGCGCAUGUGAAGGACUGUAAAUUAACUCAUUCCCUUAAAAGGGGUCAUUCGUGUCAUUAGGACCUUAAAAGUCUUGAAAUUAGCAGUCUUCGUUACCUGAAGGGUCUUAAAUCCUUUUAAAGGUUGGGCCUGCGUCUGUCUUAGAGCUUUCGUGCCGUUUGUAAAGGUUUGAACCUUUUCCUCAGGAGGACUUGAAAACCACCCCUCCCAGGGGGAAGUCCGCUGCUCUCGGAGAAGCACAAGGCUUUCUUAAAGGGACUGCUGCUGCUGGCAAACUUCAAAGUCUCGUUAAAGGGGUGGUUUCCCCCUUCUCCCUCAGGAGGACAUUAAGCUCCUUUUAAAGGGGUGACCUACACCGCCCGGAGGACUCUGAGCCCGUUCUUAAAGGGGUGGUGCCGGCUCCCAUCUUCCUCAGGACUUUCGGCUCCCUCUUUAAAGGGGCGGCCCCCAGCUUUUCGCCGGGAGGACUGUAAACCCCGCCUUAAAGGGGAGGCUGUGGCCCUCUCUUCCUCUUCCUCCUCCUCCUCCUCCUCCUCCUCCUCCUCCUCCUCCUCCUCCGUCUGUAGCCCCCGGGGUUCCGGGCUUGAGGGGUGGCUCCGGUUGCUCCCGGAUGCGGGGCUGAGGGCGGUCACCAUGGAGACCGCGGCGGCCCCGGCCCCGGCCCCCGGCCCGCCGGGUUGGGGCGGCGAGGGUGCCUCUCAGCCGCGGCGGCAGCGGCGGUGCUCGCGGCGGGACCGGGAGCGGCGGCGCCGGGGCGGGGGACGGCGGGCGGCUGCCGGGGACGCGCCGCGGACGCUCCUGGGGGCGGCCUCGGCGCUGCUGCCUUCGUCGUCGUCGUCUUCCUCGCCCCCGCCCCCGCCACCCCCGCCGCCGCCGCCGCCCCCAGCCCGGCCCUGGUCGUCCGCCUCCUCGGGGGAGCGAGGCAGCCCCCGGGGAAAGAGGCGGCGGCGCCGGCCCCCCCGACCUCGGGGCAGGAAGCGGCCCCCCGGCUCGGGCAGCCGAGGGGAGGAGGAGGACGACGACGAGGAGGAGGAGGGCGAAGAGGAGGAGGAGGAGGAGGAGGACCUCAUCGAUGGUUUCGCCAUCGCCAGCUUCGCCAGCCUUGAGGCCCUGCAGAAGGAUGCAUCCCUUCAGCCCCCAGAGCGACUGGAGCAUCGGCUAAAACAUUCCGGAAAGCGGAAGCGGGGGGGUGUAGGGGGGGGCCGAGGGGAGCCAGGAGACAGCUCAGACCGGGAAACUGGCCGGCCCCCAGGGGACCGUGCCCGAAAAAGGUCUAGCAAGCGAAGGAGGAAAGAGGCCUCCUCCCGAAACUCUCUGGAAGCCGGAUACAUAUGUGACGCGGAGAGUGACCUGGACGAGAGGGUCUCUGAUGAUGACCUCGAUCCAUCGUUUACUGUCUCAACCAGCAAAGCCUCGGGCCCCCAUGGCAACUUAAAUGGGAACUGUGAAGCGAAACUCUCUGUGAUCCCCAAAGUGUCGGGGCUGGAGCGGAGUCAGGAGCAGCCCCCAGGACCCGACCCGCUGCUAGUGCCUUUCCCUGCCAAGGAGCCACUGCCUCCACCGGCCCCCCGACCCCCAACCACUCCCCCAGCCCCUAUGCCAGCCCCUGUCAGCCUACCACCCCCACCCCCACCCCAAUUGCAGCUCCGGGUUUCACCCUUCGGCAUCCGCUCUUCCACUUAUGGCAGUGGCCUGGACCUCAGCACUGGCAGUUCUUCGAGGCCACCUCCGAAGGCUCCUGCCCCUCCAGUGGCCCCACCUCCACCUUCUUCUUCUUCCUCUUCAUCUUCCUCUUCCUCAUCCUCAUCUUCUUCAGCUCAACUCUCCCAUCGGCCCCCAACACCCUCCUUGCCCUUGCCUCUGGCCAGCCAUGGCUUUCCCCCUACUGGGCUACGGGCACCACCUCCACCACCCCAUCCUGCUCUGUUCUCCCCUGGUCCUACUCUACCCCCACCCCCACCUUUGCUGCAGGUGGCAGGCCACCCUGGGGCUGCGACGGCCAGUGCCCUCUCUGAGCAGGAGCUGAUGCGGCAGGACCUGAGCACUCGGUUCCUGAGCGCCCAGGGAGGCCCCGAGGUGGGGGGGGCAGGGGGCUCAGCCCGGCCCCUGGCCUUCCAGUUCCACCAGCACAACCACCAGCACCAGCACACCCACCAGCACACCCACCAGCACUUCACCCCCUACCCUCCUGGCUUGCUGCCCCCCCACGGCCCCCACAUGUUCGAGAAAUAUCCAGGAAAAAUCGAAGGCCUUUUCCGGCAUAACCUCUAUGCGGCCUUCCCCCCUGCUGUCCCUGGCCUCCCCCCUGGUCUGCCUCCUGCUGUUUCCUUUGGUUCUCUGCAGGGGGCUUUCCAGCCUAAGAGCACGAAUCCAGAACUGCCACCACGACUGGGGCCGGUCCCCAGUGGGCUGCCCCAAAAGGGGACACAGAUUCCUGACCAUUUCCGCCCCCCACUGAGGAAACCUGGGAAGUGGUGUGCCAUGCAUGUGCGAGUGGCCUAUAUGAUCUUGAGGCACCAGGAGAAAAUGAAGUUAAUGCAGGGUGAUCCUCAUAAGCUGGAUUUUCGGAACGAUCUUCUACCCUGUCUCCCCGGGGCCUAUGGAGGUCUUCCUCCUGGGCAGGAGCUCUCUCACCCAGCUUCCCUCUUCACUGCAACAGGUGCUGUCCAUCCUGCUGCCAACCCUUUCACAGCAGCUCCCGGGCCCCCUGCAUCCUUUCUAAGCCCUGGUACCCAUAUUGAUCCUUUUGGGCGUCCUACCAGCUUUGCGUCCUUGGCUGCCCUCUCCAAUGGGGCCUUUGGGGGCCUGGGCAGCCCUACGUUCAACACUGGUGCUGUCUUUGCCCAGAAAGAAAGCCCAGGGGCUCCUCCUGCCUUUGCCUCUCCUCCUGAUCCAUGGGCCCGGCUGCACCGUGGUCCCCCUGCCUUUCCUGCCUGGGCCCGACCCCCUGAGGCUGCACGGACGCCUGGCUCGGACAAAGAACGUCCAGUGGAGAGGCGAGAGCCCUCAGCCCCAAAAGAGGAGAAAGAUAGGGAUCUCCCAUUUUCCCGACCACAGCUUCGAGUUUCCCCAGCCACCCCCAAGUCCCGGGCCGGGGAGGAGGGGGUAAGACCCCCCAAGGAGCCUGUGAGGGUGAAGGAAGAGAGGAAGGAGGAGGUCCCUGGGCCUCCCAGCCUACACCUGCUUUUUGAUCGGCCCCGACCACCCCCCUUCCUGGGUCCCAGCCCUUCUGACCGAUGUGCCCCCUUCUUGGAGCCCUGGCUGCCAGGUCCUCCACGCCUGGCCCGACCCCCACGAUUCUAUGAGGCUGGGGAGGAGCUGGGAGGGGCAGGAGCUGUGGCCACAGCUCGUCUCUACGGUCUGGAGCCUACCCAUCCACUACUCUAUGGUCGCUUGGCCCCCCCACCUCCUACCGCAGCUCCUGGGCCCCCUCAAUUGCUUAGCAAGACACCUCCUGGGGCCCUGCUGGGGGCUCCACCCCCCUUGGUGCCCGCCCCUCGGCCUGGCUCCCCCCCUAGGCCACCAGGGCCACCGAGAGCUGACAGGUGAGGGGAGGGGCUGGGGGUAGAGCUCCAUUUCCCUCCCCCCCUUUUUCACUUCCCCACCCAGCCUUAGGGUGGAGAUUGUGACCCUACUUGGGAGGGCAAAGGUCAUGGCCCCCAGGCUUCUGUGGAAUUGUUGUGGGGUCAGAGGUCACUACCCCAGCCAUGGGAUCAUACUGAAAAUAGAGGUCCCAGACCUACACCCCCCCCUCCUCCCCCCCCCCCCCAGGGGUUAAGUGCAAGAGCCACUCUCUAGAGGGAUGGGGUCACCUGGAGGGCAGAGGUUGUGACUACCUGCGAGGCAGUGCUGUUCCCUCUCCUUUUCUCCCCAUUCCCUCCCCUUUCCCCUUUCAAGUCUGGGCUCCCUCAGAGGGUCCCAUGGAUGCUAAGCCUCCUGACAGCCUCCUGUAGGCUUAUCAAGCCUGAGGCCAAAGUCACACACACCUAGGCCUCUUGUUUCCCCUUCCCUACUGGGGGGAAGCAGGGUGGGGCUGCUGGGACAUCAGACGUCACCAGUGACCCUCCUUCAUAGGGUCAGAGAAGAUGGGGGGGUUAGGGGGGGAGGGGGGUUCCCUGUACAUAUUUAUCUCCCCUUCCACGUGGCCCCCCCAGGUGUUUUGUACAUUUUUACAGGGGUGCCCCCUCAGCCCAACCCCUUUUCCCCCCUCCCUUGUUUAAUUAAAUCCUCAGACUGGUGCUCUGUUCCCAGCCUCUCGCCUCUCUGUCUGGGGGGAGGGGGGAAAGAAGGGAAGGAAAGGGGAAAGCCUGGUGGGGAGUUGGGGUUGGGAACCCAGCAGGAGGUACCAGGGACUUGGCUUUAUUUUCCUCAGGAAAUUGGUGAUUUACAUGAGGGACAAACGUGGGAAUGGCCUCCCUGAGUCCUUCAGUUGGGCCAGGAUGUAUGGAAUUAAUCUCACCCUGCCAUUCUAGGAGGAAGGGGAAAGUCCUCUUUGAUUGGCUGGCAAGGCCACUUCUCUCCAGCCUUAUAUCUUGUUUCUUUGUCGUCCCCAGGCUUCUGGUAGCCUGAAUUCUUAAGCCUCAGAAUUUCUGUCCCUCUCAAUGUGUAGGUCCUGGUGCUCUGGACCAAGCAUCCCCUGGGAGUCAGUUUUCCUAUUCCCAAGAAUCUUGGGGGGGCCUGCUGUCCUAAGGCAGAACUUGGUGUCUACCUUUAUGCUGCUUCCUCCCCUCAGAGUCCCUGAAUUCCCUGGCAGGGAGGCUGAAUUCAUCAUGUCCCACAGACCAAAGAACAGGGGAUGGAGCAGAGCAAGGCAGGCAGGUCCUCAGAAGCUACCUGCCUUCCUGAACUCUUCCUAACAAUAACCCUAGUCCCAGCCUGGCCUCAGGGAGUUGCAGGUACCCCUAUGUUCUGGGCCACCUUAGAAACUAUUAAGGUGGUGGGUUUGUUUCAAAACAAAGAUAUUCAGUUGGCUCCCUCCAUGGGGUAAACGGGGGAUGUUGGCUCUGUAAUAUUUGCGGAUAUUUAUAUAAAAAAGGAGUGUUACAAUGCAGCUUAUCUUCCUCCUCAUUGACUGUAUGCCUGGGAUUGUGGGAGGAGGGAGGAAAAGGGUAUCCAACCUGGGUGGUAUGCACCAGGGGACAAACUUUUGAGAACACUGACUGAGAUUGGGGGUAGGAGGUAGAC